ACAAACAAAGAGGCUUGCAUAUCUUAUUGCCAUCCAAAUAAAAAAAAAUCAUAAACAAUAGGGACAUUUCUCAUCACACAUUUUGGCAACAAGGCAACUGAGAAACAAACCAGAAACCUGUUUAUCAUCUUCCAUGGAAUUUUUUACAGUUCUCCCACUCACUCAGCUCUCAGGUGUCAUGCCAAAAACAUGUACCUUAAUCAGAGCUCACCCUUUUAAACCAUGGUGGCAGAGAAACUCAAAGCCUGCUCGUUUUCGAUGUCAAAAGAUGUAUGUUCCAGGAUUUGGAGAAGCAUCACCUGAAAAAAAGGCAGCCAAUAAUAUGCACAAUUUCUUCACUUAUAUUGCUGUCAGGAUUGUGGGUGCACAACUGGAGAGCUACAACACUGAGGCCCACAAGGAUUUGAUGGAGUUUUUGGACAAAAACUCUUUAAAUGAUGGUGAUAAGUUUUGUGCUGCUUUGAUGAGAGAAUCUCCGAGGCAUAAAGGUCUAGCUAUGCGCAUUCUAGAGGUUCGAUCUGCGUACUGCAAGAAUGACUUUGAAUGGGACAAUCUUCAGCGACUAGCAUCUCAGUGCUUAUUUUGGCAGAUGGCCGAUGAGUCCGACACAAAGCUUAUGAGGGAUUAUGUUUUGGAAACUAGUCAUGACCCAAGGAGUGAUUAGAGACCUGCUUAUUCCAGUGCAAUGUACGUACUGUAGAGUUGUAAUGAUAAGCAAGUCAAUUGUGCAUAAUGCUGCAAUGCAUCCUAGGCCAUGAUCAUGAGCACAAAGAUCGGUCUUGCUUUUGUUAUUGUUUUGAAAAUUGAAAUGGUUGUAAUAUUUUAAUUUCUGCCACAA